CCAGACGACUCGGUGCCCGCAGUCUUGCCAGACGACUCGGUGCCCGCAGUCUUGCCAGACGACUCGGUGCCCGCAGUCUUGCCAGACGACUCGGUGCCCGCUGUUCCGCCAGUUGACUCGGUGCCCGCAGUCUUGCCAGACGACUCGGUGCCCACUGUCGUGCCUGGUGACUCUGUGCCCGCCGCUUCGUCUGGGGGCCUGAGACCUGUCGCUCCGCCUGAGGGCCCGAGACCUGUCGCUCCAUCUGGGGGUCCGGCGCCCCGCCGCUCCACCUGGGGGUCCGGCGCCUGUCCCCCCGCCCGGGGCCCGGUGCCUGCCGCUUCGCCUGGUAGCCCGAUCCCGGUGUGCCUCUGCCCGGAGUCCAGCCCGGUGUGCCUCUGCCCGGAGUCCAGCCCGGUGUGCCUCUGCCCGGAGUCCAGCCCGGUGUGCCUCUGCCCGGAGUCCAGCCCGGUGUGCCUCUGCCCGGAGUCCAGCCCGGUGUGCCUCUGC